CUUUGUGUUUCCUCUUUAGUAUGCUCAGUACUCUGAGGGACGGGGAACACCGGGGAUCAAGACACUUUUAUACUUCACCAAUGUCUGGGGGACUACAAGCCGACUUCUCCAAUGAAGAAGGCUUUAUCAGCCGGUUUCCCGUCCACCGUGCUUGUCGGGAUGGAGACGUCGGAGCUUUGGUUUCCCUGUUCCAGCAGCUCUCAGACCCGGCUCCACUGACGGCUGAGGACCCGUGUUACGGAUGGAGCCCCUUACACUGGGCUGCUCACUAUGGCCAGCUUGAGUGUGUGAUGCACCUGGUGCAGCGGGGUUGUGAGGUGAACACAGUGACCAGCCGCUUCCAGCAGACCCCCACACACACGGCAGCGUUCGGAGGACACCCCCACUGUGUGCUGUGGCUGACUCAGGCCGGAGCUGACGUCAACAUGCAGGAUCUCGUAGGUGAGGCUCCCAUCCACAAGGCGGCUCGCUCAGGUAGUGUGGAGUGUAUCCAGGUGCUGCUGGUAGCGGGGGCUAAAGCACAAACAGCUCAAAGUGGACGUUAACAUCUCAUAUGUCAUGUGAUGAUGUAGAGAACGUGAGCCAAUGCAGAACAUCUCAUGACACACGGAGGCAAAGGCAGUGUUUCCACUUAGAGACAAAUAUGAACAUAUCUAUAAUUGUAUAAUAAAAGUGUAACAUCUGAAUCAUUCUCAUCCUUAAACACACAUCACAAAAACUGAAAGCGUGAGAAUGAGAUCAGUUCAGUUUUGUACAACAAGAAAUUUGAGUUCUUACUUCCACAGUAGUCUAAUGAUAGAGUUGAUCUGGUAAAUGAGCUUUUCUGCCUCAUCAGUGAAGAGGGCGAAGCUAGUCCAACCUGUUGCUUGAGUCUGUUUGAUGUGUCCUGACAUGUUACUUAUUAAAAUGAUUAUUAAGAUGUACCUUUGGCUUCCCUUUUUCAAACUGCAAACACCCUGCACG